AUGUCCGCCGCUUCUCCGUCUUCGGCGUCUGAGUCGGCCAUCGUCGCCCACGCCGUGUCCGGGUCGCACGUUGUCAAGAUCGAUGGCUACUCCCUCACCACGGGGCUCGGCAACAGUAAAUUCAUCAAAUAUGGUACGUUUGAUGUCGGAAGCCAUAGCUGGUACAUCCUCUACUACCCCGAAGGUGAAGGCUCGGAUGAUGCCGACUGGAUAUCUAUUUAUCUGGGCUCUGACUGCGUUGGUGUUGAUGGAAUCAAAGCUGGAUUCAAGAUAAGCUUACUCGACCAAGAUGGAAACCAGUGCCGUUUGUACGUCUGAUGCAGCAGCCAGGUUCGCACCUUCUCCAGCAAAGGAUCAACAUGGGGAUUCAAUGAAUUCAUCAAAAGGAAGGACUUGGAGGAAUCAUCUUACCUCAGGGAUGAUAUUUUCCGCGUCAGGUGCGAUGUCACCGUGACAAAGGAGAUCGUCGUCACUGAGCCCAUUCCGCCGCCCGUCCUGGUGCCACCGUCCGACGUGGCAUGUCAUCUUGGCCAGCUUCUCUCGUCCGGUGAUGCUGCAGAUGUUACUUUUGAUGUCGGCGGGGAGACAUUCGCCGCACACCGUUUCAUCCUCGCCGCUCGGUCAUCGGUCUUCAAGGCGGAGCUUCUCGGUCCAAUGAAGGAGAAGACCUCAGCUCGUGUAAAGAUUGAGGAUGUGGAAGCCAGAGUUUUCAAGGCACUUCUUCACUUCACUUACACCGACUCGCUGCCUGAGAUGGACGACGGUGACACGGCAGCAGUGGCUCAACAUCUGAUUGUAGUUGCUGACAGGUACAACAUGGAGAGGCUGAAACUCAUCUGUGAGGAGAAGUUGUGCAAUCUCAUAGACAGAAGCACGGUGGCGACUACGUUGGCAUUGGCCGAGCAGCAUGGUUGUAGUGCGCUCAAGAAGGCUUGCUUCCAGUUCCUCGCCUCUCCGGGCAACCUGAAGGCCGUCAUGGCGAGCGAGGGCUUUGAACACCUCAAGAGCAGUUGCCCCUCUGUUCUAGAGGAGCUGGUGGCCAAGCUUGCACCGUGA